CCCCCCCAAAGUUCUCACGGAAUGCGCCGCUCCGGCGGGCGAUGACUUCAUGCAGCCCGCCUAGAGUAGCCAGCGGCCGCAGCAGCUGCAGGUGGGGCGGGGGCCCUGGCGAGCCCGGAGCCCAGCACACGCGGCUAGACGGGCCGGACUGCAGCCAGAGGCAGCGGGGACGCGCCUCUCCAUCCCGAAGCUCCCUGAAUACCAAGGCCUGAUGUCCCCAAGAGAAAAUUUCUGGUAGAAAUCUGAAGAACAUUUCUAAGAAAAGAAUAACUCCAUGAAUUGAGACCAAGACAGUUUCCACUCAGUCCCUGCUAUGUGGAUAUUUGUUAGCAAUGACUGAUGUGGAAACUACGUAUGCAGAUUUUAUUGCUUCAGGACGAACAGGUAGAAGAAAUGCAAUACAUGAUAUCUUGGUUUCCUCUACAAGUGGCAACAGCAAUGAAUUAGCCUUGAAACUAGCAGGUCUUGAUAUCAACAAGACAGAAGGUGAAGAUGAUGGACAGAGAAGCUCCACAGAACAAAGUGGGGAAGCCCAGGGAGAAGCAGCCAAGUCUGAAAGCUAACACUCCAUUCUGAUGGUCAUCAACAUCUGACAAUGUGGCAGAUAUCCUGGCGUUGCUGGGAUGUAUUUGCAGCCAUGGGUGAAACAGAGGGGAAGAAAAUGGCUGUGCCGCACAGCAAGACGCUGUUGGUUGCCACGUCACAAGUGGGGGCAGAGCCUGUGUCUACACACAGCCUUUUCCCCACCUCUGUCAUUAGCAAUGGUUGAAGUCACCAGGCCUGUGCUUGGAUCUCCUUUGUGUAUGGGUCCUUUCACUUGACCAUAUAAUGAAAUGCUUGUAGAGCGUAGCACUGACCUAGCUGAUGAUUCCUGUAGCAUCUGGCCCCUCAUGAUGUCAGAGGAUUUAAUUGUGUCUAACUGAAAAGGAUUGCUUUGAACCCCAGAGUUUCAAUAUCUCUGGCUGGAGUAUUGACUCACAAAAAGAACCCAUCCAGAGAGCAGUUAGCAUUCUGUCCUUGUGUGUGAGUGCUGUGUUAUUUACACAAUUUUGUAUUCUACAGUAUACCUGCUCAGCACUGCCCUUUGAUUGCUUAUGUAAAACAAAAUGAUGUACAUGACUGUGAAUUUUUAUACCACUCAUUUUUUAAAGGGCUGCCUUUUUAAUUUCCCAUAGUGUUGUGGAGUGCACGGGCAGAACAUACUUUUGUAAAACACAACUUUCCUCUUGGUAACUGCUGAGGGUUACAUCCAACAGUCUCACUGAGCCCACUUUGCUUUAAUAAACAGGCACGUGGAAAUAUCCAUUAAUGAGAAUAUUUCCUGAGUUCAGUUUUAGUAUCUACGCAGACCAGCAUUCUGUCAAUAUUGAUUUUAUUUCCAAAAUAAGUACCUUCAACUAAUACUUUGUCAUUAUAAGAAUUUUUUAAGAAUUCACAAAGUAGACCAAGAAUGCCGGAUAAUGCAAAGAACUGGAAAUGUUGUGCUCUGUGGAUCACUUUUCUCACACUGCUGGGUACCACUGUUUAACUCUCCCAAGUUAAACAGUGUUAUCCUCCAAACCUGUGGACAUCCAUCUAAAAAGUAAAUCCCUUAUACUGUGUUCGCCCUCUCAGCCCUUUCAGACCCAAAUAUUAUUAUGCACUUUUUAAUGUUUGUAAAAUUUGACUAAUAAUUUGUGUGAGUUGCAUUCAGAUAGAAUAACUGUCACCCAACCAUAGUUUUUACUGAUGCUUUUGAUGGACUAUGCUGUGUUGUGACAUCACGGUUCUUGUAUGGGGAAUUUCUGUGGCCUGUGUAACCCCCUCUGGUCAGUAUUAUGAAACCAACUAUCUUUUGGUAAUAAAUAAGGAUCCAGUUAGAUGCCCAGGGUUCCUCUGGUGCAUCAUAUGGAGCAAAUAACAGAUGAAAGAAGACCUUUCCAACAGAAGAGCCCCUAGGUGUCCUGGAGUAACUGCAUAGCUACAGUUUCAGGUUAAGUAGGGAGAGGUGCUUCAAAAGGCAGACCUGGGGAUGGUAAGAACUCAACCUGAGUAGUAGCUUCAGACAGAGUAGACAAGGAAGUCUGCCUAAAUAUUCCUAGAGAGUACUUUCAUUACUGACUGGGAGUGUAUGAAUUUCAUUUAGCCCCCAACUGGAUGUUUUCCAGAAAAACAAGCAAUGUUAAGUAUGUCUUUCUGGAUAUAAAAGAGUAAAUACAUUCAAUAUGCAAUGCCUUGCUUUGAACUAACUCAUGGGAGGCUAGCUAAAAUUGAAUCAAAGCUACCUGUUGGUAGACUCAAAAUUGGGAACGCAGGGCCUAUUUGAGACAAUCUCCGAUAAUCUAUUUACAACAUCCAAUAGUUUUGAUGUCCUUGUUUAACUUUCCUGAUAGCUUCUUGUGAAUAGGAAGUCCAUUGUUAAAGUUGUGCAAUUCCAAACUGGUUUUUCGUGCGUUUUUGUAAAGUGUUGAACUAGUGCUGACUCCGUGUGGGAGGGUUAUAUGAUAUCCCUGUGUGAUAUACUAUUACUAAUGCAUGUGGUGCCAUGCUUGUCUUUAAAUAUAUAACUAGUGCUAAAUGGAGAAGUCAUAUGGAGCCUCUGCUUUCGUUUGACCUCUUACUUACUACUUUGUGUCCUGCAUUCAAUCCCAGAGGGAUUCUCUGGCUAGGAAGGAAAAAAAGAGAUCAACAUUUUGAAUUUGUCACAUCAUAUAAAUUUUGAUUGGCAAAAGUGCAUAGGAUCUCCUGGUUUUAAUUUAAUACCUGUUAUUUGCAAGUAAAUAAUAAUACAUAGGGAAUGAAUCUGUAAAUACAGAUGGAAGAGUAGGCAACCCAAACAAAGGGUGUUCGUUAACUAUCCCAACCAAGUCACUUCAGAACGAAACGCACCACUCAGAGUUUGAUCUUCUUCCCCUUUCCCAAAUUAGAAUGUGGACAUGAAUAAGGACUAAUAUUUGCAAAAUUAAAAAGCUAAUUUGAGCCCAUAUUCAUCUAUCAAUGGAAUUUUGAAUCCACAUGUCAUAAAAGUAAAGCUAAUUAGCCAGUAUAUUUCUCUGUAUGGAAAACUUUAGAUAUACACUCAUUCAGCUUGCCUUUUGCAGAGAAGCAGUCUAAGUUUCUAAAUGAACUAGUCUUUCUUGGGUUUGUACACAUGCCUUUGGGGCAAAGACACAUGUGGUUGAGCCUACCUUUGUGGGUUUUUUUUUUUGUUUUAAUAUUAAAUUAUAGCUUAUUUUGAGAGUUCACUUCUGACAUGUAUAUGCUGAAUUUAUAUGCUAUGUUAAUGCUAUGUAUGUGAACAAAUAUUCUUGCUUUUUAUUUAAUUACCUAGAAACACAAAAUUUUCCAUGUUUAACAUAUUAACAAUGAAUGAGAAGCCGUUGAGUUUGUUGAGUGGAACUUUUUCUUUUUUUAACUGAGAAUAUUUUAUGUCAGUACACAGUCAUCCUGAAUUCACAGAAAUGCUUUUUGCUCGGUAACAGGAAUCAUGACGUUUGUUCUUCAGGGACUACUAACAUAGUAGCCCACUGUCCAUACGGUACCACAGAGUCUUCCUCAGAAGUGACAGCAAGGAACCAAUGUAGAAAAACAUGACCUUUUUAUCUCUUCUCUGAGGAAUAAGAAAAAAAAUGUAACUAUUGGGUAGCGAGCUUCUGAACGAAUCCUGCAGUAGUAAGGGAAAAAAUGUAUAGUCAUUAAAUUAAACGAAGAAAGGAUCCAUAAUUGAUGAUGUCUUAGAAGCCCAGAACUGUUCUUUCAGUGGCUUGUGGCAGCCUGGGAAGUCAUCUAUGAGCUUCUAUGACUUUUGUAUUUAGCAAUGUUGCAUGCUCACAUAAUGGAUAUUAAAAGCAGCACUUGUUUUUUCUGAAA